AUGUCUAAUUCGUCUAUUCAAAAGGUAGUUGUUGUCGGCGCAAGUGGCAGUGUGGGCAAGUCCACAGUCAAGGCCCUGCUCGGGGAGGGUUUUCAAGUCACCGGAGUCACUCGCGAGACCUCAAAAGCAACCCUACCAGAAGGUGUGCGGCACAUCAAAUCUGAAUACUCCGAAGCAUCACUGCGUGAAGCUUUUGAUGAUCAAGAUGCAGUCAUUAGCACAAUAGGCAGCAUAACUCCCGGAGAGGCAUUGACCAUACAAAAACAGCUUAUUGAUGCCGCCAUUGCGGCCGGUGUUAAGGUCUUCUUCCCUUCAGAAUACGGCAUUGAUACCUCGGACCCUUCUGCACAAGAGUAUAUUCCGUUUCUUGCGGAUAAGAUCCAGACUCUCGACUAUCUCAAGACACAGCAAGAUAAGAUCUCAUGGACAGCAGUAGUCUCAGGAUCAAUGUUCGACUGGGGGUUGGAUAUCCCUGGCUUUGGAGGAUUAAACGUCCCCGCGAGUACCGUCACGAUUUUCGACGGAGGCGACAUUUCCUUUGAAGCGACAAAUCUAUUUCAAGUCGGCAGGGCCAUCGCCAAGUGCUUGAAGAAGCCGGAUCUUAGCAAGAAUCAAUAUGUCUAUGUGAACAGUUUUACGGUCACACAGAAUCGUGUCCUAGCAGCUCUUGAAAAGGCAGCUGGAAAGAAAUUUACUGUCUCGGAAAGCACCGUAGAGCAGCUCUGGGCAGAUGGAGCCGAGAAUGUGAAGGCUGGGCAGCCAAUGGGUAUUCUGGCUAUGAUUGCUGGAGCUAUCUAUGGGAAAGGAGGAUUGGCUCGGUUUUCCAUGACAAAGGGAUUGUGGAAUGAGAAGUUGGACUUGCCGCAGGAAGACUUGGAUGAAUGUGUGAAGGAAUAUUUAGCAGGGAAGAAGUAG